AUGGCAAGUCUAACUCAUCAGCUGUUGUCAAUUACAGCUCUGCUAUGUGCUGUUCGACUCAUCACUGGUUACAGCUUUAAGAACUGCAUUGAAGAUCCACAGUCAAAUGGAACAAGUUUCAAAUGCGUCAAUCGAAAGGAGAAGAACGUGUCUGCCAUUGUACAUGAUUUGCCGUCAUCUGUCAUCAACCUGAUCAUUGUAAAGAAUAAUCAACUGCAGCACAUACAUGGAAAGAGCUUUGUUCAUUUGCCAAACCUUCAACACCUCAAAAUAGAUCAUAACCGCUUGAGCUGGAUUGAUGGAUCUGCUUUCCAAAACCUGCAUCAACUUAAGUCUCUAAAUAUGUCCUUUAACAACAUAUCAGAACUCAGCCCCUCUCUGUUUAAGGGUCUGCCCAAUCUCAACUUUCUCUCACUGACAGACAAUACAUUAAAGCAGCUCCCUAAGAACAUUUUCUCUGAUCUUCUCAGUUUAGAAACUUUAAUACUGAGGCAAAACUUUCUAACAAAUUUCUCAGAAAUUGCUGAAUCAGUGUCACUCCUAAUAAAUCUGAGGACACUAGAUCUUUGCUUUAACACUUUGACCACUCUCAACCACUCAAAUGUGUCAUUACCCAAAAACCUCACCACGCUGUAUAUAUGUAGGAACAAUCUGUUAACCUUAGGAUGUAAGCAAUCGUUUCUUGGGCUGAUCGUGGUGCUAGAUUUGUCAUACAAUUUUAAACUUCCCACGGUGGCUUUUCAAGGGGUGGAUCUGAGACGAGUAAACUACCUGCGAUUGCGUUCAACCAAUGUCAACGUAGUGGAGUUAUUGAACAUCAGCAACAUCCAUGCAGGUCAUGUUGAUUUCUCUGGUACUGGCUUAAAAAAUGACACUCUGCUCAAAGAGCUGUGCACAACGUUAAAAAUGAAGGUGAAGGAGAUUUCAAAUAUGCGCCUGUGUUGUAAUGGUAUUAGGAAUCUAACAACCGACACACUGAGCUAUUGUCCAAAAAUCAAAGGGCUUUUGGAUUUAUCCCUCAAUGAACCAAAAGGCACACAGUGUCUCAACUUUCUCAACAAACAGAAAUAUAUAAAAAAAUUCACUUCAGAGCAUAAUCACCUCACCAACCUCCCAUCGUGUAAAACAAAAAACAUGGUUUAUUUCAAACAUCUGACAGAGCUGAGCUAUCGUUACAACCGCAUUCUGUCAGUCAACUCUUAUGCUUUCUAUCAUACACCAAAUAUCAAGAUUCUAAAACUGAACAUAAACACAAUUGCCUUUCUCCAUCGCAAAGCUCUCAAAGGGCUAAAAAGGCUUGAGACGCUCCGUUUGGACAAUAAUCUCUUAACUGAUUUGUUCAAUGUCACAUUUGAAGAUCAGUUCAGGCUACAAACCCUUAACCUACGCAACAAUCGUAUUUCUGUCAUUUUCAAUGGAACCUUCUUCAAUCUCAACAAUCUGAUUAUAUUGGACCUCGGAGGUAAUAAGAUCACUUAUUUUGAGAAGUCUGGUCUUGAUGGACUAAAAAGUCUGUCCAAAUUUUAUCUAGAUGGAAACAACCUCAAAGAGAUUGACACUUCCCUCCAUCAUGUAUUUCAAGAUACACUCACAGUCCUGGAUUUACAGAGUAAUCAGAUUCACUUUUCCAGUGAAAAGAUCUAUUCACCAUUCAAGAAUCUCAGAAACCUCAGUGACCUGAAAUUAGAUGGGCAGCGGCCCUAUGGCCUCACCCUUUUACCACGUAAUUUUUUCCGUGGCCUUCACUCACUAAAAUCUUUGUAUCUCACUAACAAUCGCAUCUCUCAUCUUGCUCCAGAUGCCUUUGAUGAACUGACUGGCUUAAAUUUCCUCACACUGGAUAGCUGCUGUAUUGACGGGUUGCAACUACAACCAGGAGUCUUUAGAAAUCUAAAGAAUUUGACCAGAUUGGCUGUAGAAAAUAUAGGCAUUCGGAACUUCUCAAAGGAGGUUUUUGGAAAUCUUACACACUUACAGACACUGCAGAUAAACCGCAAUGGGAUGCAAAGCAUUAAGUUAGAUGCACUAGAAAGUUUACUUGAACUCCGCUACCUUGACAUGCGUAAUAGUCCUCUAAGCUGCACCUGCAUGAACAUCUUGCUGCAAAACUGGAGUCUAUAUAACCCAAAUGUCCAGUUUGUAUAUCUCUAUGACUUCCCAUGCACACCCGAUACAAAACAGAAAUUCCACAACUUUGACACCAAAGUCUGUUACAUAGAUUUAGGGGAGUACCUGUUCUUGAGCACAGCGGUCGCAAUCUUUCUUUUCACAGUCACUCCUUUACUUUAUGUCAAACUCUACUGGAAAAUGAGAUACAGCUACUAUGUGUUUCGCUCCUGGUUUAGUGAGCAGUGGCGCAGAAUUAGAGAGGAGGAAGAAAAUUGUAAAUAUGAUGCAUUUAUUUCCUAUAACUCCUCUGAUGAAGCAUGGGUCAUGGAACAGCUGCUGCCUAACCUGGAGGGAAACGGCUCAUCUUUCAAACUUUGCCUUCAUCACAGAGACUUUGAGCUAGGCCGUUAUAUUGUGGAUAACAUAGUCUCUGCUGUAUAUAGCAGUCGUAAAACUAUUUGUGUCGUGAGCAGGAAUUUCCUACAAAGUGAGUGGUGUUCUCUGGAAAUCCAACUGGCCAGCUAUCGACUUUUCGAUGAGCAUCGAGAUGUUCUCCUGUUGGUCUUUCUGGAGUCAAUCUCUGAGAGGCAGUUGUCAUCCUAUCACCGCAUGAGGAAGGUCAUGCUGAGGAAGACUUACCUGCAGUGGCCUGGCUCAGACUGCACCGACCCGACAAAGGCACAGGACCUGUUUUGGAGCCAGCUACGUACGGCAAUGAGAACGGGGAGCAAACUCCAAACAGAGGAAAAUUAAAAAAGUUGAA